AUGUGGGUCACAAAGAGAUUUUUCAAAGCUUCUGCCAAGCGAGCUCAACUCGGAGCAAGGCUGGAAGGAGACCAUCACGUGAGAUCCGAAGAGAGCACUGCCCCCACACCCCGGCUGUCGAGUGGAGGACGGGUCAACAGUGGCGGUGUCGCUCAUCUGAAACCUAUUGAGGCCAUUCCCGGUCCCGGGGGACGGUCUCCCCACAAACUAGAAAGAUCCCAUCUUGUAUUUGCGGAGCUUCACUGUAAGUAUGGAAGCAUCGUGAAGUUCCGGAAAGGAUCACGUUGGAGUGUGCUUCUCUUCGAUCCUGAUCUUAUCGAGGAGGCCUCAGCUCACGAGGGGGCGUGUCCUCACCGGCCGUCUCCGCCGCUUUACGACGUGUGCGUGGAAAGGAAUGGUCGGCAGAAGGGGUUGAGUCAGUCGCAAGGUUUAGAGUGGCUCCGUUUGAGGCGGCCCGUCCAGGAGUUCCUGCUGCAGCCCGCCAACAUCCACCAGUACAUUCCCGCUCUGAGCCAGGUAGCCGAUGAUCUGGUCUCUGAGCUCGGGGACAACUUGCAGCAUUCUGCAAGUUUUGAUCUUGAAGACCUGGCUCUUAGAUACGCAAUAGAAUCCUCGGCAGUUUACUGCAUCAACGCUCGCCUGGGAUUCCUCCAGAGUUCACCGUCCUAUCGAAAUAGCAACCCCGACGCAAUAGCAGGAAGGGAAGACCAAGACCAAGGCUCACACAAUCCUACCACGCACCCGCUUGGCUUCAGUGCCGAGGAAAGAGCUCAGCUGCUUCACAUGGUACGGGUGUUUAUGAGCUCCAUCGCAGAGGGCUUCUACCGCUUCCCUAUCUACAGAUGGUUCAGGACUAAGCUCUACAGGGAAUUUGAAGAGGCUUCGGAAAGCAUAUCCAAUCUCUGCCAGCAGCGUGUGAGACAUGCAGCAAAGUCAAUGCAGAGAAACGGCCUAAGUGGAGACAGUCCGAACCUUUUGAAUUUCCUACUGAGUGAUGGGCGGCUGGAGCUUAAUAAGAGCGCGGCGCUGCUUGGUGGAUUUUUCUCUACAGCCACUGAUAACAUAUCCAACUCAUUGGGCCUGGUGUUCUGGCACUUGGCACGAAAUCAAGAUAAACAAGAUCGCUUGCGUGAAGAGAUUGCCCGGUGUGUGACGUCCUCCGGGCAAGUGUCUCCAGAGGAGAUGUCACACAUGCCCUACCUCAAAGCCUGUGUGAAAGAAAGUUUCAGAGUUGCUUUUCCCUUCCCCGUGGGAUCAGUGAGAGUGAUGCCCCGUGACAUCGCCCUGGCCGGCUAUCACAUCCCACAAGGGACCACAGUAUACUUUGGCCACAACGCCCUGUGCCAUUCUGCCGAACACUUCGAGGCCCCUGAGGAAUACAGACCUGAGCGUUGGCUAAAGCAGACUGGCAGCUCACCUGACCCCAAGAUAAGGCGUCGACAGGCAAUCUGUGUACAGCCUUUUGGCUUGGGUCCACGAAACUGUGUAGGCAGACGCUUAGCAGAGCAACAGAUGUUCCUAGCCGUCAUUAAGGUAUUACAAAGAUUCAAAGUAAAGCUGGGAAACCCGCAAGAAGAGCUGGACAUUGUGCAUAGGAUUUCCGCAAGAUCGUCCAGGGGAUUGGACAUCCAAUUUGAAGCAGUAUAGUUCCCCUAAAAGAAUUUC